UCCAAAGCGACUUACAAUUGAGGAGCAAUUCAACAAGAACAGUUUAUUUUCCUAAACUGAAAGAACAGAAGAAUGGCUGAAGCGGAAGGUCUUGCUGACUGGAUGUCCAAAUUGAAUGAGACAUUCACAACAGUCCCCUUGUGCUAUAUUGCUAUUCCAGGCAGCCACGAUGCUAUGGCCUACAGCUUAGACAUGGACUCUCCAUUGCUGGAACCCGACAGUCUAAUAACUAUGGAUUUGAUAUUCUGCGGUUGCUGCGGUUGCUGUAGGAGCAUUGUCAAGAACUGGAGCAUCACUCAGGAUAAAACCAUCUCUGAGCAGCUUGAUGCUGGUAUGCGCUAUUUUGAUCUGCGGGUUGCUGGAAAGCCUGGGUCCAGCGAUUUCUUCUUCUAUCAUGGAUUGUACACAACGAUAACUGUGAAGGAGGCAAUGGAAGAAGUCGAUACAUGGUUAGGAAAGCACUCUAAGGAGGUAGUCAUCCUUGCUUUCUCACAUUUCAAGAAAAUGUCAACUGAACAACACACAAAGCUGAUGACGUUCCUCAAAGACCAUUUCAAAGCCAAACUCUGUCCUGAUUAUGGAGUGCCUUCACUCAAGGACUGCUGGGAUAAAGCCUAUCAGGUUAUCCUCUCUUAUGAUGACAGAAAUCGAAAACAGGAUCGUGUUUUGUGGCCUGGAAUUAAGUACUGGUGGGCUAAUAAUUCAGACCCCAAUGAGGCCAUUUUAUUCCUCGAUAACAAGAAACAAUCAGGCAGACCAAAGGGAUUUUUUGUUGCUGGUCUCAACCUGACUUUUUAUGGGUGUAGCAUUUUCUCGAACCUCACAGCCUCAUUAAAGGAGAAGACCGUGACGGCUUACCCUUUGUUGCUGGAUUGGGUGAAGAAGCAACGCCCGGGCUCAGAUACACAAAGCAUCAACAUCAUCGCUGGAGAUUUUUUUGACGUGAACAGCUUUGCUCAAGAUAUCAUUCAGCUCAAUGAUGCCAAAACCAAUUAAUGAAGAUCUAGUGGACAGAGGUAGAUACUGUUACAUUUCAUGAAUGAACGAAAUAAUAUAUAUUGUAGUCUGUUAAAUGGGGGUGCAUUAGAAUGCUGCAGAGAUGACAUGUUUUAUAGGCCAAAACAUCUACCGUUGGAACCAGAAGUUUACAUACACUCUAAAAAAAGGAACAUAACCAUUUAAAAAAAUGUCUGAUGGUAAUCAUACUAUAUUUUAGGUCCGUUAGGAUUACCUAAAUGAUUUACAUUUGCUAAAUGUCAGAACAAUGAACACUUUUUUUUUUAGAAUUUUUUUAUUAAUUUCUUGACAGUCAAAAGUUUAAAUACAUUGCCUUGGUAUUUUUUAGCUUUGCUUUUAAACUGUAUAACUUGGAUUAAAUGUCUUGUGUAUCCUUCUGCAAGCUUCUCACAAUAGUUUGAAAGAAUUUUGGCCCAUUCCUCCAGACAGAAUUGGUGUAACUGUGUCAUAUUUGUUAGCUGCCUUGCUCGCACACGCUUUUUCAACAAAUUUUCUAUAGGAUUGAGAUCAGGGCUUUGUGAUGGCCACUCCAAAACAUUCACUCUUUUGUCCUUAAAACACAUUUUAACUAAUUUGGCAGUAUGCUUAGGGUCAUGGUCUGUUUGGAAUACCCAUUUGUGGCCAAGUUUUAAUUUCCUGACUGAUGUCUUAAGAUGUUGCUUCAGUAUUUCUACAUAAUGUUCUUUCUUCAUGAUGCCAUCUAUGCUGUGAAGUGGACCAGUCCCUCCUGCAGCAAAACAGCCCCACAACAUGAUGCCCCCAUACUCCACAGUUUGAAUGGUGUUCCUAUAGGCUUGUAAGCUUCCCCUUUGUCCUCAAAAUGUAACACUGGUCAUUAUGGCCACACAGUUAGAUCUUAGUUCCAUCAGACCACAGGACAUGUCUCCAAAAAUUAUUCAUUUUUUCAGUGUAAUUUAACAAAUUGUAAUCUGGCUUUUUUGUUGAUUCUGGCUCAUUAAUUUUCCCAUGUUGUCACAAAAGGAAGCAGUGUGUUUGAGGUUUUCCCUAAAUACUAUUCUACUGCUGUGCCUCCAAUUAACUCAAAUGUUGUCAAAUGUUAGCCAAUCAGAAACGUCCAAAAGAAAAGUUAUAACAAUUUCUCAAAAAAUAUCUCUCUCAUUAUUCUGCUAUUAAGCAUGACAGAAAUGAAUUUGAUAAUCCUAAUUUACCUAAAAGAGAAAAAGUUUAGACACAUUAACAUCUGACUUUUUUAUAUGGUUAUGUGCCUUUUUAUCCAGUGUAUGUAAACUUCUGGUUUCAACUGUAAAUGUUAGCAUUUUUGCAUAUCCUUUGUUUUGAAGUCAGUGUCUUUUUUCAAAUGCAUUUAGGGGCAAGGCCUGAGAUAAGGUUUCUAAUGACAAGCACAAGAUGUAUUCAUGCUUUAUUAAUAAAAUAAUUAAAUAAUACCAUCAGCAAACCUUGUCUUGAUAAAGACUGUGCUUGCUGACAAGUUGCUAAAUGGGACCACAGUGGCUAAUGCGUUGAUUGUGGAGUAGUUUGUUUGUUACAGCCUUUGUUUCGCUUUUUACUUCUGACUGCCAGUUUUUAAAAGUUUUGUUUAGAUAAUCGUAUUGAAUCAAAUGUAAAGACCAAAAUCAAUAUCAUAUAGGCCUAUGAAUCAAAUCAAUAUCAUAAACUUGUUUUCCAUAUAGGGUGUAUUGUUCUGCAGUAAUCCAAACGCUAAAUGGAAAAUGUUUGUAUUGGUAGAGGUAUCUGUGGUUAUUUAGUGUUGGCUUUUAUAGUUUUACAGCCGACUCAUUACAAUUUAAAUUCCUUGAUGGUUUUCUAACUUACCUGAUGGCAAACAGAAAAAAAUAAAAAUAAAAAACAGACUGUA